UGCGCAGAAUGCAGGGCAUUAUGGGGCGGAGAUGGCAUUCUAGCGUACGCAUACAGACGACGCCAAGGCUUCAGGAAACCUGUAACACAUUUGGAAGUGCCCAGCUAUAUCGAUAAACAUUACGCAAACACUUAGAAGGAGUCCACAGAAAAGUUUCUUGAUUUGUGGUGUCAUGGCUCCAAAUGAUAUGAUGAGUAACGCGGAGGACGUGGCGGAUCAGUUCCUUCGGGUGACAAAGCAGUACCUGCCUCACAUAGCCCGACUCUGUCUGAUCAGUACCUUUCUGGAAGAUGGCAUCCGGAUGUGGUUUCAGUGGAGCGAGCAGAGAGAAUACAUCGAGACGUCGUGGGGAUGCGGCUACUUCCUCGCUUCACUUUUCGUCUUAAUCAACUUACUCGGACAGCUGGGUGGCUGUAUACUGAUCCUUAGCAGAAAUUUUGUGCAGUAUGCCUGCUUUGGAUUAUUCGGUAUCAUCGCUUUGCAGACCAUUGCGUAUAGCAUUCUGUGGGACCCAAAGUUUUUGAUGAGGAAUUUGGCACUGGGUGGAGGUCUGUUGCUGCUGUUGGCCGAGUCCCGCUCUGAGGGCAGGAGUAUGUUCGCCGGAGUUCCCACUAUGAGGGAAAGCUCUCCUAAGCAGUACAUGCAACUGGGAGGCCGAGUCCUGCUGGUGCUCAUGUUUAUGACCCUGCUUCACUUCGAUACGAGCUUCCUCUCGAUCCUGCAGAACCUGGUGGGUACGGCUCUCAUUGUCCUCGUGGCUAUUGGUUUCAAGACCAAGCUGGCUGCGCUCACCCUGGUCAUAUGGCUUCUGGCUAUCAACGUAUACUUCAACGCUUUUUGGACCAUACCAGCCUUCAAGCCCAUGCACGACUUCCUCAAGUACGACUUUUUCCAGACCACAUCCGUGAUCGGAGGCCUUCUGCUUGUAGUAGCGUUAGGUCCGGGCGGCGUAUCCAUGGAUGAGAAAAAGAAGGAGUGGUGAGAGCGGACUGAACUCGAAAGGCUCACUUGCUCGUUCUGUAGUUCAUCUUUCGACAAAAGUUUUUUCUGUGCAGUUAUCAUACAAACCAGGUACACUACUUAGGGAAGAAAGAGCCGAUUGAGGCGUGGCCUCAUUAACGCCCCAGGACCAACCGAAAGAUCCACUUUACACCAAACAUGCACUGUCUGCGUUUCCAUUCUGCCUGCUUGUUGAAUGAUGUCUACCAGCACUUUUAGACAUUAGUUCAUCAUAUUUAUAUUCUAAAGUUGUGUUAUUUGAAAACCCCCUUGAAAGUCUGGUUUAUAUUUACGUUAUAUAAGAGUUAAUUGCAAGUAUUGAAGAUUAUUCCCUGUCGUUUCUGUCUGCCUUUUUGUCUGGGUGCCAAUUGCAGUCAGCUCACCAAAGACGCUAACCCUCAACUUGUUCAUGUCCACAAUCUGUCUUCAAAUUCAACCUAUAAGGAGAAUUUGAAGUAAAACAUCACACAAUGGAAAGUGGAAGUCAUUCCAACUUGUGUUUCUAUAUCAGCAUUGUCAAUUGCCUAAGGUCGAUGUAUUGAAAUUUUCUGCACACUGGUUAUUUUAUAUGGCUCAACGUGUAAAUCUCUGAUCUCUCCCUAUCAACAGGCCAAAAAAAUUAAGUCGCAAUAGGACAUAAAAUUGAAAAAAUGAAUAGUCUUUAAAAGUUAAAACAGCUGUAAAGAUCUUGUGGCAUUGUAAUAAUUGUUAACUGUAUGUUUGUUGUAUGUUGUCAGGUCACUUUGAAGUUUACAGAAGGUGAAUUCUAGUGUUUCUUGAAAUAAGCAGAAAAGUGAGAUGACAAAAAUGAAAACCUGUGAUUUGUCAAACUCAGUGUUUUUUCUCUUUGUACAAUAAGAAAUAACAGAAAAAUAUUGUUUUUCUAAGUGUUUUAAAAUAUUUGUUUUGACAUAUAAAGGGAAAAUAUUAUGUCA